GAUGUACUGAAGAAGCCACACACAACACAACACACACACAAAAGAAACUGUGAGAGAUAAAGAGAGAGAGAAAGGGGAAAGAGCUCUUCACUAACACUGGUGCAUUUUUUUCUUGCAUUCUGUUCUUCUUUCUUCUCUCAGAAAACAAACACUCCAUCUUUGAAGCUUCUGGAAAUAAAUCUACCUUAGGUGUUGGUGGAGUUUUAGGGCAGAGGGUUUAAGGGAGAAUGCUGAGGAAGAGGAGCAGAUCACACCACAAAUUUCAACACAUGGGACAACAUUUGAUCUCAGAUUCCUAUUCUCAACCUGAUGUGUUGUUAGCUAAUAGGAAACAUAAUAAAAAUAACAACUUUUUCAAUGUUCCUGUUCCUGCUGGUGUGUUUGUUGGGCUCAAUAAUCCUACUAAGGCUAGCUCAGAAUCUGAUUCAGUGAGAAGUCCUACUUCUCCACUUGAUUUUAGGGUCUUUUCGAAUUUGGGUAACCCCUUUAGGAAUAAGGCUACCUGGGGUUGUUGCACUAAAGUAGGCCUUGGCAUUGUAGAUUCUCUUGAUAAUGAUGAUGAGAUGAAGAAAUCGGGGAAAGUUCUCCGAUCAUCGGAUAGUAAAAACAUUCUUUUUGGCACUCAAAUGAAGAUCAAGACACAGAAUUUUCAGACCUGUGUUGAGGAACCUAAGUCACUCCCUAAGAAUAUAUCGAUUUUUCCUCAUACCUUGUCCAAAAGCUCCAAUCUUGAAAAGGGCAAUUCUGAUGUUGUGUUUGGAAUUGGAGAAGCCCCAUUAGAGCAUGAGUUGUCGAGAAAUUUUCGUUCUUUUUCUCUAGACUCCGGUAGGUCUAUUGCCCAUUUUGCAAGCUUGGCGAAUCAUUCCCUGAAUUUUGGUUCUGGAAAUGGAACGAAUCCUGUGGUUUCACAUACUCAAUGUGCUAGAGGUUGCUCAAAGUUGGGUCCUAUGCCAACAUCGGUUGGCUCUAGCGCUAGCUUAGUUGGUGCUAUUUCGGCGAGUGACAUUGAACUUUCUGAGGACUAUACCUGUGUGAGAACCCGUGGACCUAAUGCCAAAGUAACUCAUAUUUUUGGUGACUGCAUUUUAGAAUGUCACAACAAUGAAUUGACCAAUUUUUGUAAGAAUGCUAGCGAGAAAACCACAUUGCCUGAGGUGGUUGACAGCUCGGGGGUUCUCACUUCAUAUCCUUCAAGCGAUUUUUUGCGCUUCUGUUACUCUUGCAAGAAGAAGCUGGAUGGAGAAGAUAUUUACAUGUACAGAGGUGAGAAAGCUUUUUGCAGCUUGAACUGCCGUUCCGAGGCGAUUUUGAUUGAUGAGGAGAUGGAGAAACUCAAUAAUGAUUCUGAAAACACUAUUAAGCCAAACAGCCGGGAUGAAGUUUUUGAGACCGGCUUGUUCAUUGCUACAUAGGAUGCUGCAAUUGCGCUACUAAGCCCAUGAUUGACGAAACGGCCACACGGUUUUAACAAGUAGAAACCCUGAUCAUCUGUUUCCUAAGAGCUGUUUUUUUUUGUGCAUCUGUGUGCAGCCAUGGAUGAUCAGAGAAUGUAUUGCUAUUUGUGUGAACUGUCUUUCCUUUCUCAUGGUCUUAGUGGUUAAACAAUCGCAAACAGCAAGUUUUGCUUUACAUAGUUCUGAAUCUGAUAUGUAAUAGUGGAGUAUAAUCUCUGAAAAAGAAUCUUAAUUACAAGGGUUGUAGCCCAUCCUUGUGGCUCCCCAAUUUUUGGUUUCUCACCUGCUAAAUAGUUUGGCAAAGUCUGAUGAAUAUAAAUGUUUCAUGACUACA